AUGUCCACACCACAAAAUGCAGCGAGGGCUUCGCAUCCAACUACAUGUCCAUCAUCUGUGGCACCAGGCUUUAUCAAAACAUACCUCGCCAGCGUUAAGCUGCAAUCUUCUACCAUUUUUGUUUAUGAAAGAGCCGGCGACGAUUUACAGGACGGUACUUUAGACGAUAGAGAGGCUGUUCUUGACGCCUUACGUAAACUUCUACCGCAGUGGGUAUGUAUCAUGGAAACGGUAGUAGUGGCACAGAAUCAACACCCUCCCCUUACUCAGAAAAAAAUUGACGCUCGACAAGAGCCAGCGCAGCGGUGUUUGUUAGAACCCUUCCCUCCCGCGCAUCAGGAGGUAUCCGUUGCAGUGGCGGCGGCGCGUAGAGCCGAAGCCCUCUUUACAUGGCCCCAUCUAUCCUUCAUCCCCUCUGUUUGGCAGGCGGAGCUUCCGCACGCGGACCUUAACACGACUGUCGCGUUGGACACCAUAGCGGGUUCGUUGAUACCUGUGUUGAGGAAAAAGUCGGCGACACUACGAGAAGAGUAUUGUAGCGCCGGAGUUACAAGUUCGACGCUGCCCAAUGCUCGGCUAAAGACAUGGCAUCUGUGGGAUGCCCUCGCGGAGAUGGCACAACUUUCAAUGCUCUACGCGUGUUGGAUGAAGCUCUUUUUACUCUACGACAACUACGCUGCCGAAGCCACGGCGUAUGUCACUCCCAUUGUCGGGGGAGGAAGUGACGAGAUGGAAAGCGUUUUGCUACCCAUCAAGCGAUUCCACACGACAUUUAAGUCAAGAUUGCGGCAAUCGAAGACUGAGAAAGAUAAAACAAUAAAUGCAGCCGUGAGGCGCGACGACUCUGAAACCAAUUUUGAGCUCUCUUACGAGAUGUUUGAUUGGGCAAUACGACGUGGCCUUUUCCCAAACUGCUGCACGUAUCUGGAGGGCACAGAGGCAGUGCAGGAAAAUGAUAGCCCCGAAGAGCUUGGAGAAAGUUCUCAAACUAUCAGAGAAGUGCUUGACGCGGAGGCGAAGCGUGCGUGCGGCGGCUUUGUUAGGUCAGAGAGAGAGAGAGGGGGCCGGCAUAUUUCUCAAAUGGCUCUGGCGGCGGACAUCGAAGUGGCGGCAAAACUGUGGUUUGUGGAGUGCUGCCGCGUCGCCGCGUGGGGCAACACGCGCUCCUUCACGUCCAAUCACGUGCCAUUCCGGGUGAUGGAACAGCUCCUCGACUUCUUGGCCGAGCGCAUACGCGAGGAGGUGGUAGAGGUGGCGAACCGUGCCUCCAGUACUGGCGAGCUGCUGUUCCAGCCUAUGGCAUACCGAGUCGGCGUACUUGCCGCAAUCACCUUGGACAACCCGCUAACGCCUGCCUUUGUGGCGAAGAAACCUGGAGGCCCCGUCCAGGAGCCGUCGCCACUCUCAGGCCUUGGACGCAUGCGCGGGAAGGGAAAAGGAGGCGUGAUAAAAAAUCGGCAGAUGGCUAAAAAACGCAAACCCCAACGGAAGAGACGGCGUUCGUCCUCAUCGGACACGACCUCGACGACUACGACCGAUAGCACGGUGGAUAGCACCAGCGGCUGGAGCAAUGCGGACGAUUCUGAUGGGACCUCUGAAGGAGAUGGAGAUUACGCACGUGGCGAUUCCCCCUCAAGGGCGGAGAACGCCUCCGUUGGCGGACCUGGUGCCAGGUGGCAGGCUCAACACAGUCGCACGCACCGGCACCUCUGUGAGGCGCGCCUGGCAGGAGUGACGUUUAUAACGGCGACAAUUUCUCAUGGGUUCGGGGGAUUGCGGUUGGAGGCCGAGCGGCAUGCUCGUGGUGGAACUCUUCGAUGGUUGGCACCGUGCAGCAGCAGCAGUGUAAUGGGAAUAGCACCGUUGACCAAGAUGGAGUAG